AUGGCGAAUUCCUCGACACCUACGACGAUUGCGAUCUUUGGAGCAACGGGCAGUACUGGAAGCGCGACAUUGCGGUCUCUUCUCUCCAAGAAGGACCUGUCACUACAUUUGAGGAUCCUUGUUCGGUCCAAAGAUAAACUAACCAAACUUGUCCCAGAACUGCUAUCUCACCCUUCAUGUAAAAUCUGGGAGGGAAACCUGACAGAUACCGAGACGAUCAAGGACUGUCUCAAUGGAGCCGACGUUGUGAUUUGCACCGUCGGCGAGAACCGCAACAUUCCCGGCGUCGACGUGAUUCAGACGGCCGCCAAAUCCAUAGUAACGGGCUUGCGCGCCCUCAGGGAACAACAACAAGCAGGACGCACCAGCACCGCGGCAUGGCAAAAGCCCCGGCUUUUGCUGCUUUCCUCGGUCACGUGGAACAAGCGCAUCCUCGAAUCUGGGUUCAGUCCCAUUCGCUUCAUUGUCAAGAGGGCAUUCUACUACCCGUACGCCGACCUACUCGAAGCCCAUAGGAUAUUCGACGAGGCAGCCGACGACGAUCUACUGACUCUGCUCCUGGUCCAGCCGCCCGCGCUCAUUGACGAGGCGCCGACGGGGUACGAGAUUAGUGUGGACAAGUCGCGCGUGGGCGUCUCGUACGCGGACCUGGGCGCCGGCUUUGCCGAGCUCGCUACCGAGAGCGCUUACGAUCAAGUCGGCGCCGUCAUUGUCACGAGCCUGGGCGGCGACUCGUUUGCGAGCCCGGGACUCUGCGUUCCGAUCCGGCCUCGUCUUACCCUAGUCGAGACAUGGAUGUUUCUAAACACUAUUCAAAAAGACUUUGACCAUGAUCUUGCAUCACCCAGCGAUGCAUCAGACAGGGAAGACAUUUGUUCGAUUUCCCCAAAGGCAUGGCAUGCUUCCCCGGUUGUUCCACCAUCCAAGGCUCAUCAUGCGGGCACUUUACAUCGAUCAUUGGCCAAUAUUCAAAUGAAUUCCAUCGAGGGACACCUCUGGUCGUACUUUGAUGAAUACAUGACACCUCAGUGCGUCUUGACGCCUGAUUGCAAUCCCUAUCGUAACGUGAUUCUCAGGCUCGCAUCAUCAUCGCAAAGAGGACCCUUGUUCCACUGUGUUUUGGCCGUGGCGGCGAACCAACUACAUAGUAUCGGUUUGCGGCAGUAUCAGCAGUUCAUGUGGCUGCAUCGGGCCGAGGCACUUCGAGAACUUCGCCGCAAGGUAAAUGCUGCUGCUGCUGCCCCGGGUGGAUUGGACCAAACCCCGGAUUUCGCAGAAACUGCACAAAUCACGGCUUCAACAUUGAUGCUGUGCUUCUUUGAGGUAGAUCCUACAGGACUGUUCUCAAAGCUGGAUUGUCCAUACUACAUUCGCCCAAACAUACUUGUCACGAUAUUGCCACAAUUCUUCAAGGUCUGCAGAUUUUGUACAUCCGCAGAUGAUGCGACCGUACUUGCACUGGCCGGAUGUUCGACCGAGCUGCUUGCUAUUAUAUCAGAGAUCAACAGUCUCGACACAAUUGUGAAAGGUAGACAGCCGCAAAACAGCGUCAAUGACAAGAUGCGACGCGACGAUAUUGAAAGGCGACUACAUUCGCAGGGCCGAAUGUUUGCCUCGUCAGCUCAAUCGCCAGACCUAGAAGUCUCCAUCAUAGCCGAGGUCAAGCGUCUGGCAGCUAUGCUGUACUUAUACGGCCGGAUCGACGGUGCAAGUCCCCAGGAAACGCACAUGGUCAGGAUCACAAAGCAGACCCUCGCGCUUAUUCCCCAAAUAUCACUUCGAACCAACACCAUACUCUGGCCCCUGUUCAUUGUCGCGGUCCUCGGAGUACGGCCCGAGUGUGAUGAAGAUAGGAGACUGAUACUGGCAAGACUGACUGCACUACAAGAGACGAGACAGUUGGGAAACGUCAAGAAGGCCCGUUGCGUUAUCGAGGAUGUCUGGAAAGCGAGAGACUUGAGAGCUUCCGAUGCAACAAAAGGCUGGAAGAUACUUGAAGGAAAGCACCAAACCAUCAGUCUUGCCUAA